AUGUCUCGCGUCAAAGAAGUUCGUCUUUAUGGAAACGGAAAAGCUUUUGUUGCAACUCAUCAUGUGUUUUGUGUGCUUACAACAGACGAUGGCAGAUAUCAUUUGUUGGAACUAACCAACGGCCAUGGAUCAUCAUCGUCUGGCAGUUCCGGUUCACGCAUAUUCAGCUAUAUUCAAAUUCACCAGGCAUCAUCAGGAACAUUGGACGGUGUACUGAAGCUUCGAUCCAACACUGAUGAGGAUGCAGAGCGGUGGGGAGCAGUAGAAAAGACGAAUACAUCAUGGAUAGAGGUUCAAGCGGUUGUUGAUGAUUACAAUGGUAAGAGUUAUGAUGGUAUUUUUAGAAACUGCCGGACAUUUGUUAAUAAAAUACAUCAAGUUUGUGGUUCAGAAAAGCGUUGUCAUCAUUGA